AUGUCAGCCUCCAACACCACCUCAACCCAUCCGGAAGUCUUCAUAUUGAUGGGGAUUCCAGGACUGGAGCACCUACAUAACUGGAUCUCCAUUCCCUUCUGCACAGCUUAUACUCUAGCUUUGCUAGGCAAUUGCACCCUCCUCUUCAUCAUCCAGGCUGAUGCAGCCCUCCACGAGCCCAUGUACCUCUUUCUGGCCAUGCUGGCAGCCAUUGAUCUGGUCCUCUCUUCUACAACACUUCCCAAAAUGCUAGCUAUUUUUUGGUUCAGAGAUCGGGAGAUCAACUUCUAUGCCUGUCUGGUCCAGAUGUUCUUUCUCCACUCCUUCUCUAUCAUGGAGUCAGCAGUGCUGCUGGCCAUGGCUUUCGACCGCUAUGUGGCCAUCUGCAAGCCACUGCACUACACCACGGUCCUGACUGGGUCCCUUAUCACCAAGGUUGGCAUGGCUGCUGUGACUCGGGCUGUGGCACUAAUGACUCCACUCCCCUUUCUCCUCAGACCCUUCUACACACCUGUGGUCAUCUCCUCAGUCAUGCACCGUGUGGCUCGCCAGGCUGCCCCUCAUGUCCACAUACUCUUUGCUAAUUUCUAUAUGCUCUUCCCACCCAUGAUCAAUCCCAUCAUCUAUGGGGUCAAGACCAAGCAGAUCCGUGAGCGAGUCUUAGGACUAUUGUUAAGAAAGGAUGUAUAA